UGACCUACUUCAUAAGAUAGUUGUGAGGCAGUACAUGUAAAGUGUUCAUGCGUCUACACUGUCCAUAGUAAGCGUUCAAGAAGUGCCACCAAAAUAAGUACUGAAAUUUACAUUUCAGGGGACUUAAUUCACACUUAGAGCUUCAGAUACAAGGUUGUAUCUGAUGGCCUAAGAAGCAGACAGGGUAAAAAUAAUCAACUUUUUAACAGGCCUGGGCGGAGCGAUGAUGCUCGGAGCUCCGCGCCAGGGGCGGGGCGCCAGGACGCCGGGGGUGGGCGGGGCGAGGGACACACCCUCCGCCGCCCGUGGGUCCCCCGGGGGCGGGGCCCGCGUUCCCAGGGCAAGCCACACAGCCGCGCGGGAAGCCACCCCCGCGUCACGGGCAGCUGCGGGGUCGACCGCAGGAGGUGCGCGUGCACCGGGGCCUCUGCCUCCGCGGGCACGCUGCUCAGGCCAACCGGACCGGCGAGCUCCCCGCGGUGGCAGAACCCCUCCCGGUCCUGGGGCGCGCCAGACACAGCCCCGGGGUGCGCGGGCCCCGCCAGGAUGCCGGCUAUCCCGGCUGCCGGGCCCCGGUUGCCAGCGCCUCCGCCCGUCCAAGGAGCCACAGGUGGCAGGUCGCCGGCCUCACAACACCGCCUCUCCGGGCGCUCCGGGCCCACGCGGCCGGCGCCCCCUGGCGGCCUCCAGCAGUCAGCUUCCCCCACGGGCUGUCCCCGCGGCUGCUGCCACCGAAGCCGCAGGUGCGGAGCUCAUGGGCUGGGGCGGCGGCCGCGCGCGCCCUCCCCCGCAGCGGGGACGUCAGGCCUCUCUUAGACUCAAUCAAUGCUCUGGAAGAGGCGUCCCAGUGCCUCACCCUUCUCUAGCCCAGCCUCAUCCCGCUCAACAGACACCAGGGAGUCCAGAAAAGAAAAUGAGAGAAGAGGACGGUCCUCAGGGAUCUGGCUCUUCUGCUCCGCCAGUAAACAAGGAGUCCCAGGGAGAACAGGACACAACCACAUGUAGGGAGCAGAACUCCUGGGAUUCUCCAGCGACACCCAGCAGCUCCCAGCCAUGCAGACGCAAGUUUCACCUGGUGCCCUCCAGGCGAGGGAUCCUGCUGAUCUUGGUAUGAUCUGUCCACCC